AUGAUUGUAGUUAACUACAAAGGUGAGGAGAAGCAGUUUGCUGCUGAGGAGAUCUCCUCCAUGGUCCUUACCAAGAUGAAGGAGAUUGCCGAGGCUUACCUUGGUUCCACUGUUAAGAAUGUUGUUGUUACAGUUCCUGCCUACUUCAAUGACUCUCAGCGUCAGGCUACCAGGGAUGCUGGAGUUAUUUCUGGCUUGAACGUGAUGCGUAUUAUCAAUGAGCCAACUGCGGCUGCUAUUGCCUAUGGUCUGGACAAGAAGGCCACCAGUGUCGGUGAAAAGAAUGUGCUUAUCUUUGAUCUUGGAGGCGGUACGUUUGAUGUGUCUCUUCUUACUAUUGAGGAGGGUAUCUUUGAAACUCCGGCAAACGACGACUUCGCCGGAGUUCGAGUUUCAUCGCCGAAGAUUACAUCAGAAAAAUGA